GAGACAGAUUCAGGCUGAGGUUCUUCUCCUGUGUGAACUCCACUAAACAACGAGCCAUGAUCGUGAAAACGUGUGCAGUGUUACUCCUGCUCCUUGGCACUCUGUGCAUGAACCUGACCCAGGGGAAGCCAACGGCAGUUCUGAACAGGUGCAUGUGCAGAGGUGGAGCAGUACAGAUCAAUAUGAGAAACAUCAGGGGAUUACAGGUUAUCCCCAUUCCAAACUGCCCUCUCCAACUCAUAGCCACAUUGAAGACUGGGAAGAAGAUUUGCCUGCAUCCCAAAUUUUUGUACCUAUGGCAAAGAAAAAUAAGUAGAGAAGGCAAGAACUGAACAGAGGGAAGAGUGAAGCCAGCUGGUUAGCCCUGUCUUGAUUCUGUGCAGGAGUGCGUACUCACACUAAAGAUGCUCUGUGCACAUGUUAACUUACUGUUUCUUUGCCAUGCCUGCCUCGAUUGCUUUGCUAGCUGCCACACCUCAUUCUCAGUCUAUUACAAGUCGAAUCUAGUUAGCUGUAGUGUGGUGUGCACAUGCGCUUUGUCAGCAGUGCUGUUAAUUUUUUUUAAUUUUAAAACUGAGCACCUUCAGGUAUAUUUUCAAAGUAUUUUCACUGCCAAUGAAUUCCAAGGCAUGCUCCCAGGGUUAGAAAAAAUUCUUACACAAUGUGAUGGAACGAAAUGCAACUAGUGGGAAAUAUUAUUUUCAGGAGUACUUUUUUGUUUUUGAAGAUUAAUAAUCAGUUAAUUUUUUUUAAAAACUAGGUAUUGUCAUUUUUCUUGAGUUCCCUGCC